AUGCGAAUAACAUAGCUGAGGUUUAAUAUUUUGUUUCCUGUUCUAGGAUAUGAUGAUGUUUCAGAAACAAACUUGAGGUCUUAUAGUGUUCAUUCUGCUAAACAUGUGCAAGAGAAUCGUCCUGUGCCCAUUCGCAGAAAAAGAAGCAUUGAGGAAGCCAUCCCGGCUGUUUGCAAAACACGGACGGUUAUAUAUGAGAUACCUCGGAGUCAGAUUGAUCCCACCUCUGCCAACUUCCUGAUAUGGCCACCCUGCGUGGAGGUGAAACGUUGCACUGGCUGUUGCAACACCAGCAGUGUGAAAUGCCAGCCAUCGCGGAUACAUCACAGAAGUGUCAAGGUGGCAAAAGUGGAAUAUGUUAGAAAAAAGCCAAAAUUAAAAGAAGUUCUGGUGAGAUUAGAAGAGCAUAUGGAAUGCACCUGUACAUCAUCAAAUACUAAUUCAGAUUAUAGAGAAGAAGAAACUGGCGAGACCGAGGCAUGGAGAAAUGACUGUGCAAGGUCACACAGCAAGGCUAUGGCAGAAGCAGGGAUAGGACUCAGAUCUGAGUGCUCAUCCAGUGCCCUAAAUCACACGACCAUCUUCCCUUUCCAAGAAUGAAUCCUUGCACCCUUAGAGCUAAAUACUGAAAAGAUUGAGGCUGCAUUUUUGAGGAGAGAGAGAGAGAGAGAUGGCUAGGCUUGCAGUAACAUGUUGUGCCGUCAUAAAUGCUACAGCCACCAUCUGUUUCCAGCCCACGACUUGAAAGAAAACUGAGCAGUAAUCUCAUAAUUCACAUGAGCAUUUUACACUUGUGAACCCUUCCCAACCUUUGUCUAAUAAUGAGGGGAGUGCAUGGUGCUAAGGUUUGUAUUUUUCCUACACGUAUUAGUGUUUAUUUGUAUGUCUCUUUCUGUUGGUUUUGGGGUUUUUUGUUGUUUGUUUGUUGUUUUUUUUUAUUAUGGGCCCAUAAGAAAAAUUCUCUGGGAGGAAAAUCAGACCAGUUCCAUGGUCAAAAGAAACAUAAUAAAGGCGAAAUCCCAAUUCCAUUGACCUUGCUGGCAAAAUUCUCCAGGAGGAGGUGCAUUUAACAUUCCACACUGUGUCUGUAUUGGUUACUUGUUGAAUAAAAGAAAGGAAAACAUUAGAAAGUGAAGAGGCAGGUUGCUGAACUGCCCUUUCCCUGCAGAAGUAGAGCUGCUAGAGUAGCUGGACAUGUGCAUUUUAAAACCACACCAUCAGAUAGGAUAGUAAUGGUAGGUUGGAUUUUAAUGAAAACAAAUUCUUCUGCUAAUCUUUGCUUCGGGCUGGCCCUCCUGGGAUUAAGGAUACCACCUGCUGUGCCAAAGACAUGCUCAGGUUCGAGUCUGAGAGUGACUGUGGUGAGCGAUGGAUCGCAGUCUGUCCUGUUGCAGUGCCCUCAGGGAAGGCAAAGAGUUGAGAUCAUUUAGUUGAUGGAAAUACUGCUCCCCUCCAGCCUGCAAAGCAAGGCUAGCAUCAUUAAGGAUUUCUUUUUGACUGUUCUGCAAAACCAAGGGCUGCUGUUUCUUUGGGCCUCCUCUCGUCUUUGGACCCAAUUUGCACGCCUCUUCCUAGCACAGCUGAACUGGCUGAAUGAACUCCUGCUCUCCUCUGGCCUUAGAAACAGUGACUUUCAUCAUCUCGACCAGACUGCAGGGCAGUUUAAGGAUGAAAGGGCUUCUCAUUUCAUAUAUCCCACUGCUGCUAGAACUAUAAAUCCUUGAUGGACUGAGUUUAUAGCAAACUGCUACUGCGAGCAAGUGAAAUUUAUUUUGUGUUGUCAUAUGUAUGGUCAAACUGUCUAAGAAUUUGCUGAACAAAGAACUGAGCUGCUGAUGGGCAACCCAUUCAAUCUCUUCUCAUUUUAUUUAAAAAUAAUAAAUAACUAUCAAUCAAAGGAACUUAUUUUGACAUGUGCUACCUGUUGGGUGAUCCUCAGUAUCUCCAAGAUGUGUCUGUAAGUGGAAGAAAGCUGCCAGCUGUUGCCAGGUCCAGCAUACAUGACAUGAAGUUCCACCAAGAAAAGGUUUGUGGCCUCACUAGGGGGGAGGUUAAAGGCCACGGCCUUUUUUAGCACUGUUUGCUGUUCUGAGUGUGCUUGGUCAGGUAGCAGGCGUGCACAGAGGCCAUAUCCAGCCACUGCUUGAAUCAGUGACAAAGCUUCCUUGACCUGUAUAUGGCAGUGGUCCUUCUGUCUUGAAGUUUGCUCAAAGAUGGAUUGUUGGUGGAUCUCUGGGGUCUAGAAAGCCAGCUUGUGUCUAUUUUGGUGCCUUGUGAUGUAGAUGAUCUAAAAAGGAGAUAGUAGAAACUGCAAGCUGGUGGGGUCUGAAUCACAUAUAUUUCUGUAUCAUUUUCUUACAGAGCGAACAAGCCUGAAAAGUUACCUUAUUUUUAUUUUUUCCCCAGCCUAAUUAAUUAUAGCUGGGGGUGUUGGGAGCUGUCAUAUUAAACCUUUCCCCGCUUACUCCACUUCUCCUGCCGGAUUCAAUCUGCAGCCUCCCACCCCCUCGUCUGUAGUUUAUGGCCACAUCUGGAGUGUCUGCCCUGCACACGUGCUGGUAGGAGCCUUCUCCCCACUGCCACACAUGUCAUGGCCUUUGGUGUCCGAGAUGUUAUAAGCAUCUUUCCCAAUGCUUGUUUUUGCAUGAGAGGGAGAGAGAAAGGGGGCACGGGAAGGGCAAUGGCAGGGAAGGCCUCUGACAUGAAAUUCCCAGGAAUAGGAUUUGCACAUUUUAUGACCGUUCAGAUGGAAAUGCAACGGAGCUGAAUUAUUACUCCUUAAUCCUGCUUUCUCACUUUCCUCCCAGUAGCCUCCUCCCCUCGACUUUAGGUAAUACAGAAGCUUAUAAACAAAUCCCACCGCGUGAAAAAUAGCAAAGGGGAAAAAAAAAAAAAAGGACCUGGGUUAGGGCUGUGAUGGAUAGACAGGUGGAAGGCAGGCACCAGAAGGGAGGAUGAAUGGCAAAAGCCUUUGAUGGAAACACUAAAGAGCUAUUGAAAAUCUAAGGGGUGGGGGGAGGGAGGAGAAAGAAUAGCAGGAGGAGGGAAAGCAAGGGAGCCGUGCCCCCCUUCCCCCCCGCCCUCUUUCUCAGGAUGUUGAAAGUAUUUGUCCUUCGUUACAAAAUGAUUGAACUGCCGCCAGGCCAGGCCACCCUUCCAGCCAUUGCACUGGGAAACUGGCACUUCUGAAAGCCUCGUUGCCUCUCAAAUUUUAUAGCUUUCCCUUUUUGUGGGAGUUUUUGUGUUGUGCUACUUGCAGGAUUGUUUUCAGAUUUGCUGCGUAUCAAAGAAACUAUAUUUUGUUGCUCUGACAAACACAGAAUCCAGGUAAUGAAAGGAAGAAUUACAAAAUAAAGGCCCAUUUUUAUCAGAA